CUAUUUUGUCCAAACUGCGUUAUCAGUACACGAUGCGUAUUAAAAAAAGUAUCUUUUACUAUCAGUCGAAAAAUUGACGCAACCAUGUAAUUGCAAUUAUGAGACGAGCGUAGAUGAUGCUGUUGAAUAGAGAUCACUGAGCAUUCUGCUGAAAAUGCCACAGUGGCCGCUUUUAGGGUAUCUCUGUUUUUUAUGUCAUGUGUGAUAAAAGAUAUAUAUACAAUAUACAUAUAUAUUGAUAAUAAACAGACAAAUACAUAUAUUGAGUGAAAAAAAUCGAAAUUUUGUCCGAGACCGCGGCUGUCAUCGGUUCUCGGUAACCGGGUUUUGCCGGAGUUUUUUGCGGUACCCAGUUGUCAUCGGUUGUCCCGCAACAUGUUGUAGAAGAGUACUUUGAACCGAACGUAACCUAUCGUCAUGUUAUUGCGUUCUGACGAGGCGAGGUGGAAGAGAUAGUGCUAAAGGAGAAUUUUGCGAAAUAUCGCAGUGCAUCUAAAUAAAUCCGGCGUUGCUGUCACAACAAACGGAAGCCUUUCUCCAUGAAAAAUGUCCGCUUUAAUUUUCUACACUUUAUUUUAUUUUUUGAUGUCCGGAUGCAUCGUCUAUCCGCCGACAGAAUUCGUCUCGGCGGGGCUCACCGUGAAAGAUAUCUUCGCAAAUUGGCUUGGUAGCGAAAAUGAGUUUUUUAUACAGUAUCAUAUCAAAAGAAGCAUAGUUACGUUAAUCGUACACUCUAUGCUGCCUUUGGGCUACAUUUUAGGAUUAAUUUUCUUUGGUCACGUGAACGUCACAAAACUGUUUCUCACUGAUGGAAUUUCCUUUGGGCUAUUGAUCACUGCUUGUGCCACAAUUGGUCCGCUUUAUGCAUUGAAUAAAAUCUUUGAAUGGUCUAUACAUAAUUGGACUACACAUCCGAUAGCGCAAAAUCUUGCUGUGUACAGUAACAAUAAUACAUCAUGGAUAAGUGUCGCCUCUGACAUUAAUAUAGAAUAUCGAAGAGUAGAUAAAAUUGUUAUUGUCACAAAUAGUAUAACUCGUGUCGUAGCAACCGACAAUUGGAUUAUUAAGAUUACUCCUUAUAAGUUGCAAGUGGCGCAUCAAAGUGAUGCAACUUUGGUUGUAAAUAAGAGCGAUACUCAUUUAAUGUCGCCCACGACGAGAGAUCAAGUUCAGUUUAUCAAUAUACAGGUGAAGCCUACGCGGGCGAUGGCACGUGCAUUCGAUAUAAGAUUAAACGCAUUGGAUUUUAAGGACUUGCAAGAUAAAGUUUCACGGCCAAUUAUUGUACUGCAGAAUAUAACUUUUCAUAGGACCUUGUUGGAUAGAUUCAUCGAUACUUUCAAAGACGAAGUUAAUAGAAAUCCAUUCUAUGACACUGCCCAGGAAUUGGAUCAGUGCAUUGGAUGCAUGCAAGCAUCCUCAAACAUAAAAUUAAACAAAUUGUGCAGCAACACUGAAAAUAGAGAUUCCGACAACUGUAUGACGUGUUACUGCCGUCCAAUGUGGUGUAUAGAAUGUAUGGCAAAAUGGUUUGCUUCGAGACAAGAUGAGAAUGCGCCGGAAACGUGGUUGUCCUCCAAGUGUACUUGCCCUGUCUGCAGAGCAAAAUUCUGUAUUUUAGAUGUGUGUCACGUCAGGAUUUUGGAUCAUUAAUAUCAUAAAUUAUUUUUGAUUGUUUUUGCAGAAUACUCGCAUCAUAAAUGUUUUUUUAAAUAUUUAUAAUGUUCAGUCAAACAAUAUAAAUUUGAAGCUUA